AUGCUCUACCAGGAGUGUCCCUCAGAUAAGCUUUUCGCCCUGGAUAGUCACUCGGCGGUGGCACGGAAGAAUCCUGUUUCAGGUCGGUUUACUGCUAUGCUCCACUGUUUUGGUGGAGGACUUUUAUCCUGUUUACUGCUUGCAGAGCCUCCAUUGAGCUUUCUUGCAAACAACACUAAUAUAUUACUGGCAUCUUCAAUCUGGUAUAUUGGGGGGUGGGGGAGUUGGCCAUGUGUCCUAGUUUCCCAGGGGUAUUUUGUCCUGCCUGUUCAACUCUUGGCUGCAGGAAUGAAGGCCGUGACCAGAACUUGGAAAAUAGUAGAUGGAGUCACACAUGCUAACAGCCAUUACAAAAAUGGCUGGAUAGUCAUGAUUGCUAUUGGAUGGGCCCGAGGUGCAGGUGGUAGCAUUAUCACAAAUGUUGAGCUAUUGGUAAAAGGAGGUUGGACACCACAAGCUGAUGAGUGGAUGAAGAUGUCCUACCCUGCCAAGGUAACCCUGCUGGGCUCAAUUAUCUUCACACUAGAAGCUCCCGGCUCCUGCUGGCUCCCGGCUCCUGCCCUUUGUCCCAACCGAGUCCAGCGGGAAACUGGGAACCACGUGGUGGCGGUGUGA